UUAUCCACUUCCUCCCCGAACAAACACCAUACCACCCCGCACCGGAAGGGAAAAACCCACCCUCCGAAACCUUACCCGCCCCCUCCUCUCUCUCUCCCUCUCUAACAUCCUUCCUCUCACACAGCUAAAGCACGACCUCUUCUUUUUUUUAAUACAUAAUAUUAUAUACAUAUAUAUAAUAUAAGACGAGAGAAGCAAGGAAGGAUCACAAGCAAUCAUGUCAACCACACCAACAGCCACCGCCGCCACCAUCCCCUCCUCUCCCGUCCCCCGCAGCCCCGAAUCAGAACCGCUUCAAUCCCACUUCGCCAAACUCGCCCAAGGCCCCAUAACCACACACCUCACCGAUACGAACGCGAUCCCCAUCCUCUCGACCCAUCCGCAACCCUCCUCGCCCGGUCUCUCCUCGCUCUCGUCCGCCUUCGUACAGGCACACGACACAGCCUCCAGGAUGGGGCUGGGGAGGCCGCUACGCGUCACGUUAGCGACCACUUCUGGUGCCGCCGUCAUCCAGACCGCUACAGUUGAUGAGGGGAGUGGAGGAGGGGAGGAAGAGGGUGACUACGCUGGUGGUGUUGGUGGUGGUAGUGGUGGUGGUGGUGGUGGUGGUAAUGGUGGUGGUGGAGGUGGAAGUGCUGCUGGUGGAGGAAGAGGAGGUGGUGGUGGUAGUGGAGAGAUGUUGGUUGGGACGGUGAUUGCUAAGGUGGAUAGAUUGGCUGAAGCGAGGAUGGUCAGUUGGGGUGUUGAAGAGGUUGCUCGGAGGUUUCAGAAGAGUGCUGCGGGUGAUGGGUUA